CCUCGCUCUCUCCUCCUCCUCCUCGCUCUCUCCUCCUCCCCCUCGCUCUCUCCUCCUCACCGCCACCGUCGCUGCCGCUCUUCGUUCACCUCGCAGUCACCAUUCCUCCCCGUGAGCUGGCGUCGGAGUGAGUGAGGAUCGGGAUAAGGAGGAGCGACACCCCCUCGCCCGCCCGCCCGCACCAACUUGGGGAGAAGUGGGAGCCUCGUUUCGGGCUCCGUGACGGCUCCGCUCUCCUGUGACUCCAGCCACGAGGCCGCGCCGCAGGCUCCGUCGCUGCUCCUCCUCCUCUUCCUCCACCGCCUCCUCAGCCGCCUCGCCCUCCUCUUCCUCCUCCUCUUCCUCGCCGGUCCCGUUACACCCCCCCCGCCCCCACCACGCUCUCCUCCCUCAUCAUUCAAUCCCUCAUCGUUUAAUCCCUCAUCGUUUAAUCCCUCAUCGUUUAAUCCCUCAUCGUUUAAUCCCUCAUCGUUUAAUCCCUCAUCGUUUAAUCCCUCAUCGUUUAAUCCCUCAUUCCUAUCACCCCGGGGCGGAGCUUGGUGAUUUUCGCUGUCGGAUCAGCGGCCGCGAUUCCCGGGGCUUCUGUGACUUUUACAAAGUGGUGGUGGUGUGGUGGUGGUGGAGGUGGUGGUGGAGGAGCGGGGCUGCCUGCCUCCUUGACGGCGCCACCCGCUCCGACACCGCUGCCGAUGGCUCCGUGAGAGCGCCUCCUGGGCACGAGGCGACGACGCAGCUGGGCUGGCUCAGGUGACAGCCCCCCCCGGCCCCCCUGCUGCUACUCCCCAUCCUGGCACGGAGCGACUGACGCUUGGCAAGCCAUGCGGCGCUUUGCCUACUGCAAGGUGGUGCUGGCCACAUCGCUCGUGUGGGUGCUGCUCGACGGGUUCCUGCUGCUCUACUUCAGCGAGUGCAACAAGUGCGAGGACAAGCGCCACCGGGGCCUCCUGCCCGUCCUGAGCGGUGUGAUCUCGAGGGCGCGCGAGGGCCCCGGCGAAAUGGGGAAGCCGGUGGUCAUCCCCAAGGCGCAGGAGGAGCGGAUGAGGGAGCUCUUUAAAAUCAAUCAGUUCAACGUCAUGGCGAGCGACCGCAUCGCGCUCAACCGCUCCCUGCCCGACGUGCGGCUCGAAGGCUGCAAGACCAAGGUGUACGCGGACGGGCUCCCGCAGACCAGCGUGGUGAUCGUGUUUCACAACGAGGCCUGGAGCACCCUGCUGCGCACGGUUCACAGCGUCAUCAACCGCUCGCCCGCUCACCUCCUGCGCGAGGUCAUCCUGGUGGACGACGCCAGCGAGAGAGACUUCCUCAAGAGCCGCCUGGAGGAGCACGUGCGGGCGCUGGAGAAGCCGGUGCGAGUGCUGCGCAUGGAGCGCCGCUCGGGGCUGAUCCGGGCGCGCCUGCGCGGGGCGGCGGUGGCGCGGGGCCAGGUGAUCACGUUCCUGGACGCGCACUGCGAGUGCACCGCCGGCUGGCUCGAGCCGCUGGUGGCGCGCGUGCUCCUUGACAGGAAGGCCGUGGUCUGCCCGGUGAUCGACGUCAUCAGCGACGAGACCUUCGAGUACCUCACGGGCUCCGACAUGACCUACGGGGGCUUCAACUGGAAGCUCAACUUCCGCUGGUACCCGGUGCCGCAGAGAGAGAUGGACCGGCGGAAAGGGGACCGCACCCUUCCCGUCAGGACGCCCACCAUGGCAGGGGGGCUCUUUGCCAUCGACCGCGAUUACUUCCAGGAGAUCGGCUCCUACGACCCUGGCAUGGACAUCUGGGGUGGCGAGAACCUGGAGAUGUCCUUCCGGAUCUGGCAGUGCGGUGGCUCACUGGAGAUCGUCACGUGCUCGCACGUGGGACACGUGUUCCGCAAGGCCACGCCGUACACCUUCCCUGGCGGCACCGGCCAGGUGAUCAACAAGAACAACCGGCGCCUGGCCGAGGUGUGGAUGGACGAGUUCAAGGACUUCUUCUACGUCAUCUCCCCCGGUGUGACCAAGGUGGAGUACGGCGACGUGUCGCAGCGCAAGCAGCUGCGUGAGCGGCUGCAGUGCCAGCCCUUCUCCUGGUACCUGGAGAACAUCUACCCCGACUCGCAGAUCCCGCGCCACUACUACUCGCUCGGGGAGAUCCGCAACAUGGAGACCAACCAGUGCUUGGACAACAUGGGGCGGAAGGAGAACGAAAAGGUCGGCAUCUUCAACUGCCACGGCAUGGGAGGCAACCAGGUGUUCUCGUACACGGCGGAGCAAGAGCUGCGUUCGGACGACCUGUGCCUGGACGUGUCGCGGCUGAGCGGCCCCGUCGUGAUGCUCAAGUGCCACCACCUCAAGGGAAACCAGCUGUGGCACUACGACCGCGAGCGCGUGACCCUGAGGCACGUGAACAGCAACCAGUGCUUGGACCGGGCGGGAGAGGAGGACAGCCAGGCGCCCACCGUCCGCGACUGCACCGGCGUGCGCUCCCAGCAGUGGCUGCUGCGCAACGUCACGCACGAGGCGCUCGCCUGAGCCCUGCGACGGCAAGGCCUCGCCGUCCCCGGCAAGGCCUCGCCGUCCCCGGCAAGGCCUCGCCGUCCCCGGCAAGGCCUCGCCGUCCCCGCGUACCUUCGCCGCCCGCCCGCCCACCCGCUUUCUCUGCUCCCUCUCCUCCUUAUUUUCCGUCCGCUUGCCUCGCCCUCGCCACCGGGAUGCCUGCUCUCCUAGGUCGCGAAGUCGCCGAUUUCUUCGGGCCGUUGAUGCGGGCGGGCCGAGGAGUCGGGGGGCCUAGCUCUGCCCGGGGACACGAGCCGUGCCGACGGGUGCCUCCACCCGAUUGCGGUGGCGGCGGCGGCGGCGACCACCGAAGGGAGGUGGGCGGGCGACGUGGCGGGACUGGAGGCGGUGCGGGAGCCGCCCCACGUCGGGGGGACACUUUGCGAGGCUCUGCGAGAAGAGGCUCGAACGUGGCCGCGUCCGCGCCCGCCUGGGUGUGUGCCACACUGAGCGGAAAAGGAAGGGUAAAAGCAGCAGCAGCAGCAGCAGCAGCAAUCUUUCCGGAUGUGACUGAUUUUGAGAUUUUAUGACUCGUGAAUUGCUGACGAAGAUGAGAAGAGGAGGAGCGCCUGAUGCUGCCUCUCGCUGCCACUGCGGAGAGUCCCGAAAUGCUUAUAUUUUCUACGGGCUGACUGUGUGACCGAUGCCCAUCGGUCUUGGCUGACGAUCGUUUUGGUGUGCGUUUCUCCUGUUCGUAGGCGAGUGUCUUGGGUGGGGGGGGGGGGCAGGGGUGUUGUGUGAUUGGGAAGUGGGGGACAGGAUUAAUAUACGUUUUUAAAAAAAUAUAUAGAACUGAUAACAGCUGGCUGGUAAUCAAAAGGCGAAGUGGCGUAGGAUCACUUGCAGGAAGGUUAUUUUUUACGAGACAAACAAAGUAACAUGCAAGUUUCUCACACCAGUCCUCCCGUGUAACGGCCACACGCACCCUGUCCAGAGCCGUGCCCCCUAUCCUCGGUUCCUCUCCGGUUCAUUGACUCUCGGCCAUGUUUACAUUAAUUUCACCGAGCAAUCAAAAUGAGUGCGUUUUGAUUUUUAUUGUGUUUUUUUUACUUUUUUUCAUAAUGGGCUGCAGCUUUUAUGUCACGGUGACCAGCUUCGUUGUUAUGGGGGGGGCGGUGUUUGUGUCUCAUGAUUUUGUAUGGUUAUUUUUAUCUGCCCGACGAUGAUGAUGAUGAAGGACGAUGGCAAGGUAUCCAUGGCACCCAUGCGCGGACCUGAUUGAGGGCACUGACGCUUACCAGACACGGAGAGAGACAGAGACGGAGAGACCGCGCGCUCGGCUAAAAGCACAAUGGGAGCCUAUUUUACUCUUCACAAGCCAAGCUGCACCGGUUACACAGCACCGCCGCCUAGCGGUUAACAACCCCCUGAACGCUAAAUCAAAAAAAACAUCUGCCUUCUCUUUGUUUUGCCUUCGCCACGCACGAGGGAAUUUCACUUUUCUCAGUCCGUUAGUAAAUGCCCGGGCGCUUGGCCACACACACGAGAUACGAGCGCCGCCACGUCCGCCGUUGCCACGACGACGACGACGCGAUGGCCCCGUCGCCACGUGGCGCUUUUAUCACACCGGGGUGGGGGGGUGGAGGGGUGGCAGCCGGGGGGCCAGAGGAAGGGGAACCAACCGCGUGGUGGAGGGGGGGAGUGGGGUGCGGUGUUUUGAGUUUUGCGGAUCCAGGCUCUCUCGUAAGCGGUGCGCCGCUCGCCACUUCCCCGUAAGAGGGGACGAAGACACGGGCGCGUGGGUUGUCAUUGCUCGCCGACUCGACCGUAGUACCGUGACUGUUGAAGACUCUUGCCGCGUGCCGCUGUGUAUUUUGUGUGCAGUAUUAAAGGUGACAGUGUUUACAAA